UAACUCGAUAGUAAUCCUACAUUUUGAGGGUUGUUUUUUUUCUGAAUUCCACAUGUCGGACAUGCUCUGAGACACUGGUCGGACUCGGACUUCACUCCUGUAGGCCUAUUUUAUUUGGCGACCUGCAGGUUAUUUUAUUUGGUCUGAGCAUCGCCGCCGGAGCGCAGCGGGAGCAGGACAGCCUCACAGCCUCAGGAUGAAUGUACCUGCCGUCAUGUUGCUCAUCCACUUGACCCACAUUCAUUUGAAAGCUCUGGAGACCAGCUGGGUGGAAGAAGGGGUUAGAUGCCCUCUUGGCCAAUUCCCAUGUGGAAACACGAGUGAGUGCCUCCCUCAAGUUUUGCAGUGUAAUGGACACAAAGACUGUCCCAAUGGAGCUGAUGAGAGACAGUGUGGGGACAACAUCGGAUGGGCAGAUCUAUUUGCCCGCACACUACAGAAGACUAACCCUGUGGACCAGUACUUCCUCAAUGAGUGUUUAUUGCAGGAGUUUCCAGAGAGCUGUGACUGCAUACAGACAGAUGUUGAGUGUGUGGAGGUCAGCCUGCAGGAUGUUCCGUCGCUCUCGCCAAAUGUUACCUGGCUGUCCCUGAGGAGCAAUGAGAUCCGAGUGUUGUCCGAUUUUGUUUUCUCAGAAUACUCUGCCCUGGAGAGACUGUUUCUGCAGAACAACAGCCUCCACUUCAUAUCUAAGCAUGCAUUCAGCAGUCUGCACAAUCUAAAGAGGUUGUUUCUCAGUGAGAACUUAAUCUCCUUCCUCAGUCCCGGUGUGUUCGGGGAUCUAAAUCAAUUGGAGUGGCUGAUGUUGGACCAUAACCCGCUAAGCAGCUUGUCCCAGGACACCUUCACUGGGCUCCAGUCUCUCAUGUAUUUGUCCAUGGUGAACACUUCACUGCAGCAGCUUCCUCAUCCAAGCUUCUGUCAACACAUGCCUGCCUUGGACUGGCUGGAUCUUGAGGGAAACCAGAUUCAAACUCUUAACUACUCUAUCUUAAAGACAUGCAGCAAGCUUGAAGUUUUGUUACUGAUAGACAACAGGAUUAGGACAAUUCCCGAAAACACCUUCCAGUCUCUGUGGAAGCUGGCCGAACUGGAUCUGUCUAGGAACAGGAUUAGGGAGCUGCCAAAAAACACCUUCAAGAGUCUCUCCAAUUCCCUCCUUAAACUAAAUAUCUCCCAUAAUCCUCUCCUCCGUAUUCAUCCAAGCCAUUUCCACCACCUGACACAUCUUCAGUCUCUAGCGCUGGAGGGAAUUGAGAUCACAGAUAUUCAGACUAAGGUGUUCCUUCCCAUGAAGAACCUCUCCCACAUCUAUUUCAAGAAGUUUCAGUACUGUUCCUACGCACCUCAUGUGAGGUCCUGUAAACCCAACACAGAUGGCAUCUCUUCUUUUGAGGACCUCCUGGCUAACAUGGUGCUGCGGGUGUCUGUCUGGGUCAUGGCCCUCAUCACCUGCUUCGGUAAUCUGUUUGUCAUCGGCAUGAGGUCGCUGAUUCGUGCUGAGAACAACCUGCAUGCUGUCUGCAUCAAAGUUCUCUGCUGUGCUGACUGCCUCAUGGGCGUGUACCUGUUUUUUGUUGGCGUAUCUGAUGUAAAAUUCCGCGGUCAGUACAACCGUAACGCCCUGCUGUGGAUGGAAAGUGCGGAGUGUCGGAUCAUUGGAUUCCUGGCCAUGCUCUCCUCAGAGGUGUCUGUUCUCCUCCUGACCUACCUGACUCUGGAGAAGUUCCUUGUCAUUGUUUUCCCUUUUAGAAAUUUGCGCCCAGGCAAAUUUCAGACAGGGGUGGUCCUGGCUUCGAUCUGGCUGCUGGGGUUUAUUAUUGCAGCCGUGCCCCUAAUGAAUGAGGACGUCUUUGGGAACUACUACGGACGUAAUGGGGUCUGCUUUCCCCUGCACUCUGACAGGCAAGAAAAACCUACUGCCAAAGGAUAUUCCACAGGGAUUUUUCUGGGUCUAAACCUGGUGGCUUUCCUGGUGAUUGUAUUCUCCUACUCCAGUAUGUUCUGCUCCAUCUAUAAAACCGGCAUCAAUGCCACCGACCUGAGGAGCGGACUGCACAGAGAUGUGGCUGUGGCCAACAGGUUUUUCUUCAUCGUGUUCUCUGAUGCCCUCUGCUGGAUUCCUAUAUUUUUGGUGAAAGUCCUCUCGCUGCUGGAGAUACCACUAGACACCUCACUCCCACUGCCUUACAUAACGUGGUUCUUCUGCCAGAGACACACCAGUUGA